GCCCCGGCUACGCGGUGGGCCAUAUGUCAGCGGAAGUACGGACGCAGCGCUCUUUUUCUUUUCUUAUUAUUAUUCCCCUCUCGGUUCCGCCGCCUCCUGCUUGGCGAGGUGGCGAGCGGCGGCUCGACUCGGGAGGCGUCGCCGUCGCGGGAGUUCGAGACAGCGGCGGAGAAGGUAGAGGGCUCUUGUACAAGGGAUAUAGGCAAAGCGAAUUGCAAAGCCAUGGCCACCCGAGAAGAAGCCAAGGCUACUGAAUCAUCGUCUAGUGUUCCAUCUAUCACUAUUGGGUUGGCUGUGAGUAGCUCCAAGUCCAGCAAGUAUGCAGUGAAAUGGGCUCUGAAAAACUUUGGUGCCACAGAGAGGACAAGGUUCAUGCUUAUUCAUGUCCGACAAAGGGUUACACUUGUUCCUACCCCGAUGGGCAACUAUGUCCCAAUUGAUCAAGUGAGGGAUGACAUUGCCAGUGCAUACGAAAAGGAAGUUGAACAUCAGGCCCAAGAUAUGCUCCUUAUGUACAAGAACAUGUGCAAUGAGAAGAUUGAAGCUGAAGUAUUGGUUGUCAAGGGUGAUGAUGUGGCAGAAACCAUUUCAGGUGUUGUCUCAGCAUGCCAAAUCCACAAGCUUGUUGUCGGUGUCUCUUCUCAGGGUAAUUUUGUGAGGAAGUCCAAGGGCACUAGGACGUCCACUCGAAUAUGCAAAUGUGUUCCAAGAUUUUGUAUGGUGUAUGGUGUUUCAAAAGGUGGCUUGUCCAUGGUUUAUUCUCCUGGAUCGGAAGGUGACAACAGCUCUGAAAUAUUCCAGGUCAACGAGAGUUCUAAUAGUGAGCUUCAUUCAGAUGAUAAGUCAUCCGUAUCAGAUAUUACAGCUUCCAGAAUUUCCAGAUCCAACUUGUCCAGGGAGAAUUUGGACAGUUCAUCCUCUGCAGAUCAUAAUCGGCCACGCUCUUUACAUGAAUACCUCACUGGAAGCACUUUAACAUCUAUUGUUGAGAAGAAUCAAAGUAGCACUCCUUGUGUUAGUGGUCAAAAUGCUGGAUCUAGUAACUUGCCUAUCUCGGACAAAACUCCAACUAUAAACAUUGCUCUGCAGGAAUUGAUGCUUUCAGAGGACAAGGCAAGCACUCCUUGUGCUAGUGGUCAAAUCUCUGGAUCUAGUAAGUUGCCCAUCUUGGACAAAGCUCCAACUGUAAACAGUGCGCUGAAGGAAUUGAUGCUUUCAGAGGACAAGGAUGAUGUCAAUUGCGAGCUUGAAAAGCUCAGGCUUGAACUACGACAUAUUAAAGGAGUAUACAAACUCGUUCAGGAUGAAUCUACUAGCGCUUCUCAGCAGAUAAUUGACUUAGCUGAAAGACGUACUGAAGAGGAAGCUCGGCUGAUGGAGGUCCACUCCAGGAUCAACAGUGCCAUUGAGGCAGCGCGGGAAGAAAGGAAGCAUCGGUACACUGUUGAGGCACAGGCCAGACAUGUGAGGGACCUUGCAAAAGAAGAAGCUUUUAAAAAGCAGAAUUUGCAGUUGAGAGCUUCAAGGGAGGCUGAUAAUAUGCAAAAGCUGCAGAAACUUCUUGAAUUGGGAGGCAAGUCAUACUCGAUAUUUACAUGGGAAGAGAUGGAGUCUGCUACAUCAUCGUUUUCAGAGGCGCUUAAGAUUGGAUCGGGAUCUAACGGGACAGUAUACAAGGGCAAUAUCUACCAGACGACUGUUGCCAUAAAAGUACUCAAUUCUGACGACAGCCACAUUACCAAACAUUUCAAACAGGAGCUUGAGAUUUUGGGUAAGAUCCGUCACCGCCAUUUGCUGUUGCUCCUUGGUGCCUGUCUGGACAGAGCCUGCUUGGUGUACGAGUACAUGGAGAAUGGCAGCCUUGAGGAUCGGCUGCAGUGCAAAGGAGGCACAGCCCCACUCCCAUGGUACCACCGUCUCCGCAUUGCAUGGGAAAUAGCAUCGGCACUUGUCUACCUCCAUAGCUCGAAACCAAAGCCAAUUAUCCACCGUGACCUCAAGCCCGCAAAUAUACUCCUUGACAGCAAUCUCACUAGCAAAAUUGGCGACGCGGGCCUUGCGACACUGCUUCCGUUAAGGGACUUUCCGUCAACACACACAAUUCGCAAGGACACAGAUCUAGCUGGUACACUGUUUUACAUGGACCCAGAGUACCAGAGGACUGGUCAAGUUUCAGCAAAAUCUGACACAUACGCCUUGGGCAUGGUGUUCUUGCAGCUGCUGACUGCAAAGCCACCAGUGGGGUUAGCAGACUUUGUCGAGCGAGCGGUGGAAGAGGAUCGCCUUGUUGGCAUCCUGGACCAGCAAGCAGGAAAGUGGCCUGUGCAAGAAGCGUAUGAGCUAGCUCAGCUUGGCCUAAGUUGUUUAGAAAUGCGAAGCAGGGAUCGACCUGACCUGAGAUCUAAGGUUCUUGUAGCGUUGGAGCGGCUGAACAAUAUUGCCAGCACCGCCUGUGACUCAGUGUUGCCAGUCCCAUCUGCACCACCAAGCCAUUUUAUCUGCCCUAUACUCAAGAGGUUAAUGCAGGAUCCAUGCAUUGCAUCUGAUGGGUACUCGUAUGACCGGGUUGCAAUUGAGAUGUGGCUGUAUGAGAAUGAUGUGUCACCACUAACAAAAUCGCGGCUUCCUAACAAAAACUUGGUGCCCAAUCAUGCUCUGCUGUGCGCGAUUAAUAGCUGGAAGGCGGAAGCAGGAGGUGAUGGGGCUCACUGACUGAACUAACUGCACAUGGAUACUGCACUAGAAGCUAAUGACGUACAGGUUUGUCUUGAUAACCUCCAUAUACUAUAGAUACCGUGGAGACGUGGGUUCUCUGUAAGUAGCAGUUUUGCAGCGUCUCCUAUAUUAUAUCUACGAUAAACUUCUUGUUUGCCCCAAAUUAAUGCUCUGAAUCUGCUGGGUAUCCACCAGAUCCUUUCCGGGAUUUAACUAGGGGGAUGCAUAGUAUCAAUCAGAUCCUUUAUGGGAUUUAAUUAGCAGGAACAAUAGUAAUGUGACAUUCCAUUAUAUACCUCCAAAACAUGGUGAAGCUUCUCCUCUAUACCCUCUUACGUUGCUUUUGCAAUGGAGCUGGCCCAUUCCCAGCUUGUGCGACUGUGUGACAGUUUUUGCUGGUUAAGGGAUGCAGAUACUUUUGUUCUGGAUUAAUGCUGCGUGAUUGAGAAAAUAUUGUUCUUAAUUCUGAGAAUAUGCUUGAGCGGAUAAUUGUGAAAUGUUAAACUAUCCCACAAGUGUGGUCCAUGAAGGGUUCGUUUAGGGAUCGAUAGUGUAUUUGGUUGAUUUUUUUUUUGAGAGGG